AUGACCAAAGAAGAUUUGAUUUCCUGGGCUCGAGCAGCUGCCAUACGAACUGGACAUGUCCUUACAAUUAGAGCAUCUAAUGUUGGUGGAACCGGUAGGAAGCCACGAAUUUUGCUUGCGUGUGAACGGUUUGGUUCAUAUAGGCCAGUGAUUAGUAAUGAGACAAAAAGUGUCAAAAAACGUAUGUGCACUGGUACAAAGAAAUGUGGUUGUCCAUUUUUACUGAGGGGAAAAACAACUACAAAUGGGGAUGGUUGGAUUUUGGAAGUCAUUAAUGGAAAGCACAAUCAUCCCUCUGCAGUGUAUUAUGAGGGGCAUAGUUAUGCUGGGAGAUUGACCCGUGAACAGACGGAGCUUUUGGUUGAUAUGUCUAAGAAUAUGGUUAUGCCGAAGGAAAUUCUUUGCACCAUAAAACAGAAAGAUCCAUUAAAUGCAACCACACUUAGGACUAUUUACAAUGCACGACAUAAGCACAGAGUCAUUGAAAAGGCGGGGAGGAUGCAAAUGCAAUAUCUUUUGGGUAAGCUUUCUGAGCACAAGUACUUUGAGUUCCAUAGGGCUUCUACUGAUGGUACUGACACAGUCGCUGAUUUGAUUUGGGCUCAUCCGAAAAGUAUUGAUUUGCUACGUACUUUUCCACGUGUGUUAUUGUUAGACUGUACAUACAAAACAAACAGAUAUCGCAUGCCACUAUUAGAGGUUGUCGGAGUUACAUCAACUAAUCUUACAUUCUCAGUUGCAUUUGCCUAUCUAGGAAGAGAGCGUGUGGAAAACUAUUUAUGGAUACUCUUGAGGUUUCGAUCAUUUAUGGAGGAUUGUGGGUGCGAUCUCCCAUUAGUUGUUGUGACGGAUAGGGAAUUAUCUCUUAUGAGUGCCAUUGAGUCUAUUUUUCCUAAUGCUAAGCAUUUAUUAUGUCGUUGGCACAUCAACAAAAAUAUUUUGGCAAAGUGUAAGAAGAUGUUUCGUGACAAGGAAACAUGGAAUUUGUUUAUGAGUGUAUGGGGUACUGUGGUUGCAGCAAACACUGAGGUGGAAUAUUUGCGGAGAAUAAAUGAGCUAACAACCACCUUUAGCCAUACUCCUACUGUUGUUGCGUAUGUCUUUGAUACUUGGUUAAAUCUAUACAAGGAGAGGUUCAUUGCUGCAUGGACCAAUAACUGUAUGCAUUUUGACAAUUUGACUACAAAUAGGGUUGAGAGCGCACAUGCAAAGCUUAAGAAACAACUGGGUUGUUCACUGGAGAGUCUUGGGGCAUCAACAGAGUUGUGUGGUUGUUUGAAUAGACGCAUACACGGUCUUCCAUGUGCUCAUGAGCUCGCUCACUAUGUGAGAGAUGAAGUUCCGAUCCCUUUAUCAGCUUUGGACACUCAUUGGAAGAGGCUUCACAUAAUCCCACGUGAUCAACCACAAAUUCCUGACUUUAUUCUAGAAUUAAACAGGUUCGUGGACAAAGUCAUGAAGGAAGAUAGUGCCAAGUGGCCAUACUAUGCAAGAAAGAUUCGAGAAAUUUUCGAUCCCAAUACAACACACUUGGUAGAGCCUAAAGAGAAGGUAAAGACACGAGGUAGAGUUUCGAAGAAGGACAAGUCAACACGCCGAAAACCAUCUGCAUUUGAGCUUGUUGAUGUUCCAUGCGUUGACAUGUGUAUACCGUCAUCAACUCUGAAUUCUGUAGCAAGUACUUGUGUUACAAAUAAAAUUCAAAAGAAACGAGUAAAGAAAAUAUCAGUUCGACAUAAAAUACAAACAACUAUUGCAGAAAAACGACUAAGCAUAGAAGAAUUUCGUCGUCAAUUCCCACGCACGAUAGCGGUAUACAUCAAUACUAUUAGUGACGUUGCUGGUGACGGUAAUUGUGGAUAUCGUGCGAUUGCUGGUUUAAUGAGAAUUGAUUGUAUAGACAGCUGGAAGAUUGUACGCCGAUCACUAUAUGAAGAGCUAAGAAUGUGGGAGGAUUUUUACAAAAAAAUAUUCAGUGACAGGACUAAAGACCUCUUACAGAUAUGGGACACUUGA